AUGCGCGAGUACGCCAACGCGAUCGAGUCAAGUGUCCUGGACCGCCAGCGCCUCGCCGCGCUUGUGCACCAGGCAGUUCUGCACCCCAUGGUGACGCUCAACUGGGCAGCCACCGCAUGCCCGUUUGGAGAAACCACGACGCGCGCGACGACCAAGUGGCUGGCCGACAGCAUUCAGCCGGUUGCAGCGUCACUCUCGAGCCUCUCGGAGACGGCGGCGUCACUGUCGAACGACGGACUGCAUCACGUGCUGCACCACGUGUCGAUUCGGAGCCUCGUCGACGCGCUGGAUCUUGGUAGCUCGGUUCGCCAGUACCUCGAGACGACGGCGACGUCGGUCUUUACAAGGACGCUUGGAGCUGUGUCGCCACCGCGACUCAUUGUUUAG